CUUUUUAUUGUACCAUGCCUACUUAUUUGCUUUGCCACACACUGUAUUCAAUGUAUACAGUUCGAAUUUUCACCAUGGCAAUCACAGCAAAUCGAAAAAAUAAUAAACAAUCCAUCAACAUAAACAUUUUCAACGAAAACAUCGAAAUAUUCUCAUAAAAAUAUCUACAAUAAUAAGUAGAAAGAAAUGGCGUUAACGGUCUCAUGGACUUCAUUUGGCAUUCCCAAAAGUCUGGUCAAUGUUGGCACUGAAGCAGUCUGCCUGUUGUGCGAUAACAUUUUAUGUUUCAGCGAUUUGAAUACAAAGAAAAUAAGCUACUACAAGGCAGAAAGUCCAAGCCAGGGCCUAAGCAUAUCAACUAUGACGGGACAUAAUCGUUUUGCCCUUGUAGCCUUUUCAGAAGUAGUGCUACGCCCUUCCAUUCACAUUGUGCAGUAUCCCCAGUUUAUCAAAUAUGCUGUAUUCACCACUAAUGACAUCGUAACAUUUGUCGAUUUACGUUUCACUGAAUACGAUUUGCUCGUGGCCCUAUCGGGUUAUCCCCACUACACGAUUUGUAUUUGGAAUUUUCGUACCGGUCAAUUGCUGUGUCAAGUGACAACAAUGAAAGAAUCGUUGUCCUACUCGCUGUUAUGCUCUGGCCAUCACAUACCACAAAUUGUUCAAUAUUCCGAAUGGAAUCAUCAAUUAAUGAUUUGGGAAACGUGCCACUCGGCUACCGAUGUAAAUUUACAUGAAAUCUCCCACAUUAGCUUGACUAACGAAUAUGCUUUGAGUAAUUCUCUAUCGAUGUGCUAUGCUGACGAUAAUAAUUUAUAUAUUGUCGAUAAUUUUGGUGCAGUCUCAAUGGUACAAAUUGCCCAGUUUUUCCUGAAACCUCAAUGGUCCAUAGAACCUGGCGAUGAAACAACUCCAGUACCCAAACCAUAUCAGGUCUGUAGCCAUAGACAAGGUCUACUAGUCUACAGUAGCAACGCCGUUUACCAUAUAAAGAAGAAAAUUAAUGUGUGGACGACAGAAUGGCUUAUUACCGAUCCAUUGAACGAGGGUAUUUUCAAAAUAAUUUCCAAUACUAAUGGAGACAUAUUUGCCUCAGCGCAUGUGGGAAAUCUUUAUCAAAUAGAUACCUCCACCGAUCAACCUGAGUUGCAGGAUUUUUACACUUUCAAUCAAAACGCUUAUGACUUUGUAAUUUUAAAAGCCGUUAAGGAGGAAUGCCUUCUGCAGCUAACCCAUGGCAGUACGUUGAGAGCUUUGGAAAUGGGAAAAAUAAAUAUUUUCUCUGAACUGGAAAUCCCAAAUGCCAAUACAAUGGCGGAUCACAAUGUGGGGCCCUAUGUAAUAGUGGGUACCACAAUGGGAAAAUUGCAUUUUAUCAAUUAUGGCAAUGUCCAGGAACCCCAAGAGGUGGGCACCAUAGAAACCGAGAAUGGUUAUGCUGUAGCGGGAAUACAACUUGUGGAUGAUCUGGCUUUAUAUCACAAUAUUUACUAUGAAUUUUAUUUGGUUAAGGCAGAUUUCUUGGAAAAUAAAUUCUUCGAAAUGGCUCCGCUUGUAAAAAUUCCAGAAGCAAUAAAUGUUUGUAAAUUCUUUUUGGGCGAAUACCAACGAUGCUUUAUUUUCAUUAAUCGAGAUGAUGACCUUAAAUUACCCCAUGCCCGCGAAUUGUGGACAUUCUCGUGGAAUUUGAAGAAAAGAGAAAUAAAACGACAUGACUAUGAGCUGCCACAUGCAUAUCGAGAUAUAACCGAUUCGACGGUGCCCAUGAAGGAUAUUGUCGAAUUUUUUGGUGUCCGUUUGGAAUCCGGAACUGUUGACAUUUUAAAUUUAAAACCCAAAACAAAUGAAUUGCUUUUGGUGGCAUCAGUGCAAACUAACCAUUUGUGUGAUAUCAAUGGCAUAUCGGGUUCAAGAUAUCUCUUGACCUGGGGCAUGGAUGGCACAUACAUCCAUUUUCGUUCACAUAAAAAGUCGACGAAACCCUAUGCCAUUGGGCAAAUGUUGCAGAUCAAAUAUCGCCCAAGGGUAGUGAAGAAAGUCAUGGAGUCCUUGAAUGCCAAAUAUCUGGCGUACCUCUAUUCCGCUGGUGGCAUCAAGGUGAUGAAAGUCAAUUUCUCGGCCGUUCCAAUUUCGGAAAAUACCUACCUCAACAACGACAUUCUUUCUCUGGAACCCCAACAAGUUCAGACAAUGGUGAUUGAAUCAAUUCGUUCUGAUGUCGUGGUCGAACAUACACCAGAAGAAAUUCAUGCCAGAGAUAUGCUGUUGGAGCAAAUCAAAGAAUUUGCGAAGGAAGUUUCCGAACUAAUCGAUUAUGAUAUAUCGGUGACUGGCAAAACUCAUGGCAUUUACAAGAAAUUCUGUUUACAUCACUCAUGGCUGGAAAUGUUGUUGGGCGAGGCCCAAAAGCUCUGUGAAGUCGAAAAGAAGUCUCUCGAGGAAGCCAUAGAGGAUCAGUCUCGUAUACGCGACUGGAUACGCAAUUUGAUUACAGGCAAUUCGAAUAGUAUCACCUUUAAAGUGAGGGCAAUUUUUUCGAAUUUUUCAUUUGAAAAUUAUGGCAUGCGGAGGAGUAAUGACCAGUUUGCCAAACUUUAUGACUUGUAUCGUUUUUAUGGUCUGGAAAAUAUGGAUGGGGAAAAUGACGAUGAAGAGGAGGAGUUGAUGGAACAAUUAGAAGCUUCGGGUGAUAAUGAAGGUAUUGAUAGGUCAGUGGCCAAGGUGGCAAAGAAACGGAAAUAUCUUUGCAUACAGGGUUCAGCAUAUGACCACAUAAUUUCCGAUGAAUUAGCCCUGCAGGACAUCGAUAAUGUCACAGCAAAUCAAAUGUAUAGCCACGAUGCCAAAAUACGAAUCCUGCUAACGGAUCGCCUAAAGGAGGAAUUCAAUAAAAGAUUUGAGGAGAUACGAAAAAUAAAAUUCGAACUCAUGGAGGCAAUAUUGAGCACAAAUGCCACCCUAAAUAAAAUCUACGACAACAUGAAUUGCAUGCUGGGCCUUCUCAAAAUGGACACCUUCCAACCACCUGAACUUUCAGUGCCUGAGUGGAGCAAUGAUGAGUUUAUUCAACGCAUCAUGGAGGUGGAUGAUUCGGAAAUCAAAGCCAUCAAUCGACGUAAAAAGAAAGCGGAAAUCACAUCCGUCAAACAUGGUCGUCUCCUGCUGUGGUCUGUGGAUUUUUGGGUACGUUCCCUGGUCAUCAUGAUGGACGGUGUUCUGGAAAAGCUAUGGGAGGAAGAAAUCAAAAAGGAGAUUCCAAUUCCAGAAUUUAUGCUAAAGAAGGAAGUCACCGAGUACACAUUGGAGGACCAAAAGGCAUUGAGAGAGUAUGAAGAGAAAGUACGAAUACUCACAGAAGAUCGGAAAAAAUAUUUGAAAAUUCUCACCGACAAUGACGCCAAGGUCAAUGACAUGAAAUCGAAUUAUAUUUCGAAAUUGAAUGAACAAGUCACCCAAAUGAUGAUUUUGAAAUUGAAAUAUGAUUUUGCCAUUAAACAUGUGCGAUUGCGGAAUUUGAACAUCAAAACUAUGUAUUUCAAGAAGCUGCAAUGGCUGAAGAGAAUAUCGAUGUUAAGAGCCAACAUCGACAAAAUCAGCGAAUAUGUGUUACGCUACACCAAACUCUCGGAAUUCUGGAGCAAAUCUGUCGAAGAACUACGUGCCAAGGCAGAAACUCUGAUGCAGCGUGACCGGGUCAUAGAGCGACAGUUUAAAACCCAAUACCUUAACAUGAUUCCACAGCAUAUGGGCCCGGAAAUGAAUAAAAUUUUCAAGAAGCGGCCUAAAAUGCCGCCAAAAAUUCUACACUCCACCCUGAUAUGUAAAGAGCUUUCGGCACGAGUCAAUACAAAAGCUUUGCCUAAAUAUCCAUUCCCAUUGCCAAAAGAUGUCACCGAUUAUUUGGACACACUGACAACUCUCGACGAAGUCUCCAAUAUGCCAAAUGCCUUGGAGUCUAGAUACUGGGAUCAACUAACAAAAAUGCGUCGUCAAAAAGUCGAAAUUGAACUAAGAAUUAAGGCAGUCAACCUGCAAUUGGCCGAUUCAAUGUCGGGAACGAAUUAUUUCACCAAAGAAUUGCAAAAUUUGAAAAAUACCAAAGCAGAUGCCCUACGCCAGCUCCAGGAGGCCCAGGAUGAAUAUUUAAAAUCUGUUCAAAAUCAAACAUUGGAGUUACGCUUAACCAUGGGCCAAGUAGAGCUCAAUAUUAUGGGUUCCAUGGAGAAAUUACAAAAUUGUAUUCUCAUGCAUGUGGAUGAUAUAAAUGACAUCAAUGCUCUGAUUUUGAAAGCUGGUCACAUGAAGCUAAAAGCCAUGCAUCGUGUGGCCUUCUUCAGGCGUCAAGUUAUCUACAAAGAGUGGGAGCACAAAGUGGUUAGUGCGAACAUAGAAUAUUUGAAAUUUAUGCUGUAUGUCAUCGAAAAAUGCAAAGUUUCCAUAGAGUUUCUGAAUAUUUUGAGAAAUUGGGAAAAGAUCAAGGCCGAGAAACAGAAAAUGCUCAACACAGUUGGCCUCAUUGAAAAGGCGAUCGAAGAUAAGCAGAUUUCCUACCGACGGCAGUUGGAGAGAUUAAACUCCCAAAUAGCCACAGUGCGUCAACAAAUCGAUGAAAUGAAAAGGUCAAACAAAACCCUGAAUCGUCAAAUAGACGAUGUCAAAGUUGCAGUGGCUUUCUCCAAUUCAAAUCGAGACUAUCUCAUUGAGGAUAAGCGGCGGAGGGAACAAAAUGAAAAAAUGGAGAAACUGAAGAAGCGCAGUCAACUUAUUGAUACAGUGCGCCGAGAUUAUGCCCAUAUCAUGGAACUAAAGACCAUUUUGGAAUUGCAACGUUUACGCACCUAUCCCACAUUGGGCCCAAAUCCGGACCAUUGCAUGAAAUAGACUUUUAUAUUUUUUAUAUACAAGAUACUAUGAUAAUAAUAUUUAAAUGAAAAAUUAAAAAAAAAUUAAA